GCGUGACGCUGCGUAACGGGCCGCGAGGCUGGGGGCGGAGGGGUAGAGAGUCCGGCGCUUUAUCUGCGUUUGCGGCGGGGCUGGCUGCAGUGCGGGCUUCGACACCUGGAGAGUUGCCAGCAGCUGACCUUCCUGCCCCCAGCGCUGUGACGGCUUCGCGGCCCUGCCCGCCUGGCUGAGGUCCCCGCUGCUGGGCUCCAGAUAGCACAAUGGUAGGCGAAGACAUGUCUCUAAGAAAACGGCUCUCAAAGUCCAGGGAGAGUCCAGAAGAAAAGGAGGACCAGGGGAACCCUACGCAGCAGUCCCCAGAGACACCUACAAAUGGCAGGGUUGACAUAAAGCAGCUGAUAGCAAAGAAGAAACAGUUGACGGCAGAGGCAGAGGAGUUAAAGCCAUAUUUUAUGAAGGAAGUUGGCACUCACUUUGACGAUUUUGUGACCAGUCUCAUUGAAAAAUCAGCAUCAUUGGACAGUGGUGGAUGUGCUCUCACAAGCUUUUCUGUUCUUGAGGGAGAGAACAACUACAGAGCUAAAGAUCUGAGAGCACCUCCAGAACAUGGAAAGAUUUUUGUUUCAAGGCGAUCCCUCUUAGACGAGCUGUUUGAGGUGGACCACAUCAGAACAAUAUAUCACAUGUUCAUUGCCCUCCUCAUUCUCUUCGCCCUCAGCACACUUGUGGUAGAUUACAUUGACGAGGGAAGGCUGGUGCUUGAGUUCAGUCUCAUGUCUUACGCUUUUGGCCAGUUUCCUGUUGUCCUGUCCACGUGGUUGGCCAUGUUCUUGAGUGUGCUCUCAGUGCCCUAUUUCAUCUUCCAGCGCUGGGCCAGGGGCUACAGGGAGAGCGCUCACCCCAUGGUCCACACCCUCUUCCACGGCUUGCUGUUCGUCGCCUUCCAGUUUGCGGUUCUGGGGUUUGGGCCCACAUACGUUGUGUUAGCAUAUAAGCUGCCCCCCGCCUCCCGCUGCAUUGUGAUAUUCGAGCAGAUCCGUUUUAUAAUGAAGGCCCAUUCAUUUUUCAGAGAAAAUGUGCCUCGGGUGCUAAGUUCAGCUAAGGAGAAAUCAAGCACCGUCCCAGUGCCCACGGUCAACCAGUACCUGUACUUCUUGUUCGCGCCCACCCUCAUCUACCGCGACAGCUAUCCCAGGACCCCCACUAUAAGAUGGGGUUAUGUUGUUACGCAGUUUGCACAGGUUUUCGGCUGCUUGUUUUACAUGUACUACAUCUACGAAAGGCUCUGCGCCCCCUUGUUUCGGAACAUCAAGCAGGAGCCCUUCAGCGCUCGUGUUCUGGUCCUCUGUAUAUUUAACUCCAUCUUGCCAGGUGUGCUGUCACAGUUACUUGUUUUUUUUUCCUUUUUGCACUGUUGGCUCAAUGCCUUUGCUGAGAUGUUACGCUUUGGUGACAGAAUGUUUUAUAAGGAUUGGUGGAACUCCACGUCCUACGCCAACUACUACAGGACCUGGAACGUGGUGGUGCAUGACUGGCUGUACUACUACGCCUACAAGGACUUCCUCUGGUUAUUCAGUAAGAGAUUCAAGUCUGCUGCCAUGUUAGCUGUCUUUGCCGUGUCUGCUGUGGUGCACGAAUAUAUUCUGGCUGUCUGCUUGAACUUCUUCUACCCAGUGCUCUUUGUGCUCUUCAUGUUCUUCGGAAUGACGUUCAACUUCAUCGCCAACGAUAGCCGGAAAAGGCCGAUUUGGAACGUCAUGAUGUGGACGUCCCUUUUUGCGGGCCAGGGAGUCCUCCUGUGCUCUUAUUCUCAAGAGUGGUAUGCGCGUCAGCACUGUCCUCUGAAAAACCCAACAUUUUUGGAUUACAUCCGGCCACGCUCCUGGACUUGCCGUUACGAAUUUUAGAAGCUUGGACUUGGUUCAUUCCUUGACACCGAAGGUCGGAUAUUCUGCCUGAUUUGGGGCCAGCGUCUCUUUCCAGCGGCUCCCGAGGAAGUGCUUUGUUAUUUGGGCCACUCCAGCCUUGACGGAUGGCUCGCUCCGUUCCUGCGUCAUCUGAAGCUGAGCUGUUGGACGCUUACUGGAACUGUGUACACUUAAGCAGUACUUUGGGGGGUUGGGGGAGAAGGGAGCCUUAUAACUAACGUGAUGACAGAUUUUUGCUGGGUCUUAUUAGCUUAAGCCUCAGAAAUGAUAUCUGUGUUGUUUCGUGACUAUCUAAUUAGAGACUAAACAUCAUGUUUUCUUGGCCGCUGAAUUAGCCAAAACACUUAUGAAGAAAUCAUUGAAAUACCUCUGGCUUAGAAAUUUUUUCAUGCACACUGUUAGAAUGCAUGUUGUUUAAGCAUGCAAUUGGGAAAGAAGAGAAAAUUUGGAACGUUUUGCUAUUUCCAGUAGAAAGAGAGAAAAUACCUACUUUCUAAAGAUAAUCUUAUUAUACAUCCUAUUUUUUUUUUUUUUUUUUUGAGUUUGGCUCUAUCCCAGUCUUCUUUUCACUAAACAGUGUAGGUCAUGGUUUCUGUGAAGCAAACUUUUACCUUUCACCUCAAAUUCUCUUCGAUUUCAUGAUAGUUAUACCUUGACGUGAGCAGAAGUAGGAAGGGAAAGAGAAAGAAGGCACAGGACAAAAAAAAUGUCUUUUUAUAACUUUAAAAGUAAUUUUUAGAAAAGACUUGCGGAGCCAAUCAUGUGUUUAAAUUCAUCACAGAACUUAGGUGGAAAAUAAUUUUUAAAAACUAAAAGGUCAUAACUUUAAAGUUAUUUAGAAAUAUCCUUUGGUACAGUUAUUUCAUUGUCUAAUUAAUACUGACUUGAAUUAUUUUGCAGGCUAGUCAGUCUGUAACAGAAGUAUUAAUCGCCUCCAUUAAUAUUAUAUUGAUUAUUAAAGAUCCAGAAGCUGGCUUCUGUAUUUGCUCAAUUAUUAUACUUUUAAUGGUAGUAGGGUGUAGGUGAAACAAAUUAUACUGUGUGAUCAUUUCCAAGAACAUGUGUUCUAUUGUCUGGUGUUCCCGUGUUAUGAGACAGAUACCCAUUGCUAAUACUGAGUGGUGUGGCAGGAUGAUUUUGUGUGUGUCUGAGGUGUGGUUUUGUCAGUAAAGACUGAGCAUUGCAAAGAAUAUCAGAGACCUUGUAUGUGGUUCAACUCUCCACCCAAAGAAGUAAGACUUACAGAUUAUUCAAGAGACGAUCGUUCACUGGAGCAGCCAGUUUGGCGGGCUCUCCUGGUAUUCUAGCAGGCCUACUGCUGACCAGAAACUUUUGGAAGUCUUUUCCGAGUUAUUUCAGAGAUAGUUGGAGUCUCACAAGAAGUUAAGAAGAGUUUCUUAAUAGUCACAACUUAAUUUGUACUCCAAGUAACCCACUUCAGUCACCUAUUUUAUUCCCAGUGCCUUUGGUCCAAAUGAAAUUAGGCAGUUUUUAAACAUCAAAUCCAAUUUGAAUAGAUGAAAGUGUACCUCAAAGGAGGUUAUCUUUGAGCAGGUUCCACUAAGUGUCUGGCGAGUAGUCUUGUGAUUGUUAUGGAAGCAUAACCCCCAAACAAGACUGCUUUAGUAUUGCUUCUGAUUUCUGGUGAUUUGAUUAACAAUUAAAAUGAGUCAACCACUGAAAUUUAUAACUGCAUUUAAAUUGUAAUGAGGGAGCUGAGAAAACGAGGUCGGUGGAAGACUUGGGUGUGAAUGAGCCAGUGCACCGAGCGAGAGAACGGGAUUCUUCCGUCUGUGUCUGUGUGAAGCACAGCGGAGUCCAUGCAGCAGCUCACUCACUGAGCGGGCUGGUCGCGCCCGACUGACUCCGAACACUGUGUUUGUUGGGCUGGUCGCGGCUAUUUAAAAAAAAACAAAAACACAAAAACUUGUUUUCCUUUUGUGUAUUAGUGGUUUUUUUUUUCUGCUCAAAACCUCCAGAAAGAUUUUUAUGUGACAGAUAAUAAUUGUAUAAUCAGAGACUCUUUAGAAUGAUAAGACUUCCCCAAGAAACUUUCAGGAACACUCAAAGGAACAGCCACCUUGUGGGAAAGAAACUAGUCUGGUAGCUGUGGUCUUAUCAUUAGCUGCUUUUAGCAGAAGUCUUUAAACAAAGAAAUUAAAACUACUUACUAGUGUAUUUUGGGACGAUUUAUUGUCUCCCACCCCCCCACCCUGCUAAAAUUAUUUUCAGUUACUGGAUGAUACCUUUUUCCUUUGAAAAGUAGUAAGUUUAAAUUUUCUUUCCUGUGAGAAAUAUUAAGGAUAGUAACUAUUUUUAGAGUGUUAUCCAAGAGAACAACUAAGAUCUCUGAUUUUGCCAUAAAUUUGUUAGAUGUUUUUAUUCUCAAGGAAAAGGAGAAUAAAAUUAUUAGUGAAGGAAAAUGGAAUUUUUUUGGUUUUUGGUGGAUUCAUCUACUGUGAUUGCCUCAUGUUAGAAUUUAAUUAGAAAACUAAGGCUGUUUUUAACCUGUUGGUAACCACAACAUUUGAAAGCAAAAGGAGUGAGGAAAUUAUUUUUCCUUGUUUAAUUGUUGCAGGGUAAAAGAGGACGACCUUAGCAGGUUCAAGUGCAGUGAGUAAAUGUCCUAUGUUUGCAAACAGAUUAUGUUGUAGAAUUGACUCAUUUAGUAUAGGCAAUUUUAAUCAUAAUACCAAAAUCAUAUUGCCUGGAAAAUUGAAUCCUGAAGUCUUAUAGAAAACAUAAUAGAAAUACCAUGUGUUCAUGUGAGUUAUGUAACCUAAAAAGAUACCAUUUAUGAAUUGUUGUUGAAGUCUUUUAUGCAAGGAGAUAACCUUUGUUUUGUGUGGUCAUAAGUAAUUCUGAGUAAAGGUCAUUAUUUUGUGUGAUGAAAAGAAAUGAAGGUAAACACAUGUAACUGUACAAGCCCAGUGGUCUAAACAAUUAAAAGAAAAUUGUCACACUUCAGCCGCUCCCGGUCCAGGUGGAGAUGGGGGUGCUGGAGCCCGCUGUGUUUGUGUACCCGUUUUCCCCUUCCCCCCACCAGAAAACCAGUGGGUGCGGGGAGAAGAGAGUACACCCAGGCUUUUGUGUAGGGCAGCCCCAUACUGCCUAGUAUGUGCCCUUGAGUGAAGUUGCUUUCAUUGACCAGAGCCACAGCUUUCCUCAUCUGCAAAAUGGAAUAAUAACUACCUCACAGGGUUGUUGCAAAGUGCAAGCCCUGGCAGAAAUAGGGCCUCAUUAUUUUCUUAUCCUCCAUAAAUUUUAAACCUAAACCCUAUGAUCUCAUUGGAAUCCUUUUAAAAAAGUGAAUGUUUCACCCUGGCAGGUGUGGCUUAUUGGACUGAGCCCCGGCCUGUGAAUCAAAGGGUCUCUGGUUGGAUUCCCAGUCAGGGCACAUGCCUGGGUUGUGGGCCAGGUCCCCAGUAGGGGGUGCUUGAGAGGCAACCACAUAUUGAUGUUUUCUUCUCUUUCUCCUUCCCUUCCCCUCUAUAAAAAUAGAUAAUCUUUAAAAGACAAUGCAUGUUUCAAAUACUGCAAACUUGCAAAAAUAUGUGCUGUGCUUUGCAGACUCUCAGGGUGAUGUGAAUUGGUAUUGCACCCUGACUGAGGUAAUAGGCUCUCUGUAAUGGAACUGACAAGAAUUGCAUGAGCUUGUUAAAGGCUCUCAGCGAUGUUUCCACCUGUCCAGUGUCUCUCCCAGUUCACUGCCCAGCGUUAGGGUAGGGUCCCAAGCCUGUAUAAAGAAGGCAUUUCUGCUCGUACCUAGUCAAGUGUUUAGAACUAGUAUGUAUACGUUUUACUUAAGUUUUAGAAUUUAUGGAGAGGAGAGAAACAAACCAGGCCUUAUUUCUGCCAAUUUAAAGAAUGUGUGUGGUCUUGGAAGGCAGAAGAAAUUUCUUAAUGGAGGAUAGUUCAUAUUAAGUGAUUUGCUUACUAAUCUGCAAAACUUCAUGUAGCUUAUGUAGUUUAUAUCAUACGGUUUAUAUGUAUAUAUGGUCUAUAUAUAUACACCAUUGAAGAACUGUCUUGGACACCGUUUUGUGAAUCUUACCUCUAGGCUUUAUGUUUAUGGCUCAGAAAUCGAAGGAAUGGGGACAUGCUUUGAGGAGUGGUAUACCAAAGCUUAUGUGAGUUAUUUGUGAAGCUUAUACAUUUGGUUAGCUUCCGACAUCACUAAAGCUUAUGUAGUGCUUGGAACCCAGUUUAUAAAGGACGUGAAACGUCUGCACGGCUACUGUGGUUGAAACAGGGAGAGUGGAGCCGUUCUUGCUGGGUUAGUCCAUCCCCUUCCCCACUCAGAGUUCAGUGCCCAGGAAUCAGUAAGUGGUAAAAUUGAUAGGCCAGUAGGAAAGCUGUGCAGUCUGUUUAACCUACUAAAUCCUUAAUAUUAAGUUUAAUUUUUUCCCUGUGAAAUACAGACUUGAAUAGCUACUUUGGAUUUGAGGAAAAGAAAGGGUUAAUUCCAGAAGUAAUAAAAGUUAAAAAAAAAAGUACAGCUGCCUCUCUACUCCUUUUUUCUAAAUGCUCUCUUCUUUAUUUCUACAUCGUUACAUUUACAUUUCUUCAAACAACACGCCCUUUGAGCUAACAGAUACUUCCCUGUGCUUCCCGCUGUUCUUUUGUUUGUUUUAAUGAAGCGGUAGGUGUACUUUCUCUUUGUCUGAAAUAGCUUUGCAACACAAGGCAGUUCCGGCACCCGGCUGUGUGGGGAUGCAGUUUGAGUUCCUGCGUGUCAGGGGCCAGGGCUUGGGUGGGAGGAGAGCUGGAGCCCCCGCGAGGCCCUGCCGCGUGUGCCGGCCAGGCAGCUCCUUCCUGCGUCCGUCCGUCCCCAGCUUGCUUGUGCGUUCAGUCCGCAGUGCUCUGAGAAAGCAGAGGGGUCAGCAGAAUCAGACGGUGGCUUAAAGGUUUUUCUAUAACUAGAGAUGUUUUUUCUGAUUUUUGUUUUCUCAUUUUCCUGAAUUUCUUUUUCCUCCUCCCCUCCAGACCCUGUGUAUCUCGUCACUGGUGCCGUCACUUUGUGUAUACUGAGUCCGGCACAAAUAACGCCCCUCUUUUUUAUCACAAGAUCUUUUAUUACAAAAUCACAAGCACGUAAUUCUGUAACAUAACAAUAUCACACUCAAACCCACUGUAUGGCGUUCUAGGUGAAAUGUUCAAAUUAAAACGAUAAGUUCCCACACCCAUGUUACUACGCUGCCAACCACGCUCAUGCAGGCGUUACUUCUGCCAGACCUUGUACCGUGCAUUGUAUUCACAUUACCUGAAAGUGUUUAAGCUUUAAAAGGUACACAUACACAAGAAGGCAAAAUACUGCAUAUGUGAAGAGAGUGGGAAAUAAAUAGAUUUGGGGGAAAAAAACUGUUUUGUUUUAAAAGUAACUUCAAGUGUAUUCAAUGUUAACUCUGUAUUUAUGUUGACUGUAUAUUGCAUGUUCACCAAUGCAUUUCGUCUAGUAUCAGGCGGUUUAUAUGCCAAAAGUAGCCAGAGAGAAGGCAAGUAACAGACCUUUCUUACCCAGGGUAAUGGAGAGCAGUGUUACAGAUUACAGAGAGGUGACAGGCCCUACUUGUGACUUGACCUGCGCCAAGAAAAGCCGUGACCCCGACUCCCGGGCUUCCUCUUCAUACUGGUCAUUGUUUGUGGCUCUGUUCCUUUUGUCGCUGGCCUUUUCAAACUCGUGAAGGGGUAUUUCUAGAAAUGCACUGCCUACCCCCCUCUAAUGGAUAGAAAUGGUCUUAGGUUUCUAAUAAAAGGUGAAAAUAUGUUG